UUUCCCCAGGACUUAGGACCUGGGAAAUUCUGAAGUUCCUGUGUCAGCCAGCAGUUUUAUAUACAGAUCUAGGGGUUGUAUCCAGUGCUACUCUUAUUCAGAGUAGACCCUAUGAAAUUAAUGAUGAUGACUAAUUAAGGUCCAUUAAUUUCAUUGAGUCUGCUCUGAGAAUGACCUAGCUGGAUACAAUCCUAGGUAUAUAUCCAAGGGUCAUCACUGGUCAUUAGAAUGCGUGAUACACAUGAGCACUUCAUGAAUCUAGACUUCAUAUAUAGUAUGUGGGUCAUCAACUUCUGAUUGUUUGAGCUUUUCCUCCUAAGAAUUUGAGAACUUUUCUCUACAUCAACAUCCAUCUAGAUUAUUUUCCUUUACCUGAUGACUUUAUAAUCUUAGGCCCCAUGCUAGUGGUAGGCGGGGGAGUGAGCAAAGCAAAUGCAUGUAAAUGUUACCUUUGUCCAAUAGGCUACUUUCUACACACACCUUCCUAACCUCCACCCAGGCAAGCAAGAGGUAUUAUCAGAGUUCAAGGAUGUAUUCCAGCCAGACAAAAACACGGAGCAAAGCAGGACCAGUGAUGGAUAUGGGUUGAGGAGAGGGGGCUUAGCCUGGGGAGAGUUCCGAGGGCCAGACAGAAGAGCCUGGAAGGCCAUAUUCGUCUUCCAGUCCCUGCAAUCAAGGAAGAAUCUAGACUGAAUAUAAUUAAGUAGCCAACAUUCACAAAACUUGGCUUUGCUGAUGUGGUUGUGUUAGAGCAACUUGUGGGCUGCACUGCGCUGCUUCGUCUGCAGAUUCAGUGGAUUUUGAUAUGCCUGUUGCCCUGCGGGAUCCACAUCAGGCCUGCUGCAUUCCAUGACAUCACAAUAGCUCAGCCAAUGACCGUGAGGGUGGUAGGUCAUAGGUGGGCCCCAAACAUUUUGCCAAAACUUUUACUGUAUUUUUCCUGUUACUAUCUGUGCUUUACGUAUACGUUUGGGCUAUGACCUACAGGUCAAGCCAAUAAAUACUUGAUUUAAUAUUUCUCUAUGUAAAGAUAUCAAGGACUCUAAUUUGCUCCUCGCCUUCUUCUGACAAGAUGUGAAACCUGUUUGAAAGAGCAAGUGUGCUUCAAUGUUCACAGCUUAAAUAGGAAGUUGUGAAAUCUACAACCAGUAAUGAAAGUGGGAUGCAUUUGAUUAGGAAAUACAACCUUAUACUGAGUAAGACCCAUUUGUCCAUCUAGCUCAAUAUUGUCUACACUGACUGGCAGUGGCUCUGCAGGGUUUCAGACAGGGAGUCUCUCCCAGCCCUACCUGGAGGUGCCAGGGAUUGAAUUUGGGACCUUCUGCAUCCAAGACUGAUGCUCUACUGCUGAGCUACAGCCCUUGUCAAGAUCAUACUGUAAGACUGCCAUACUGGAUCAGAUCAAGGGUGCACCUGCUCUACCUCUGUGUCUCCAGCAAUAGCUAUCCAGAUAUCCCUGAAAGCUCACAAGCGUGACAAGAAUGACCUGUUGCUUGACCCCAGUGUCAGUAAUUCAGAGGCUUUACAGUUACCAAACCAGCCCUGAUCUUCUGGCUUGAGCAAGGAGCAGAGCCUUGGGUUCAAGAUCUAGGAGAAAGGGCAGUCAAAGCAAGCGAUAGGAAGGCAGUGAAGAAAAAAGCAACGUGCCUCCUGUGCGGGAAAAUGGUCUCUUCCAAAUACGCUCUUAUCGGGCACAUGAGGACCCACACGGGAGAGAAACCUUACGAGUGUCCGGACUGCCGGCGAAGAUUUGCACUGCGGAAGAAUCUUACCUUGCAUCAGAAAACCCACCAGAAACACUUGGUGCCAAACUCCCUGUUAAUCCAAGAAAGCAUUUCCUGUAAAGAAUCGGCUUUUCACCAGAACCAGCCAGGAGGACAGCAGCAUCAAAAUUACCAAGUGCCGGAAGUUUCAGUGCCUCAGCCAAGCUAUCUCGGAGGAAUCAUCAAGGUUGAAAUGGUGGAAGACCCAGGUGAACAAGACCCAAUGGACAAAUAUGCUCUUUCCCUGUGUCCUCCAAUGGAAGCGUGGCCUCAAAACCUGUAUCAAGACAGCUGUGGAAGAGAACUGGGUGCGAGGGGAACUGUACGAAAGACUUUCGGCCCCCGAUCUAUUCAAAAGUUGUGGUUCUCUCAGUUUCCGUGGCUGGAGGCUGACAAAGGCCAGACUACUCUGUAUUGCAUUGUCUGCAAGGAAAAGCCACCCACUCAUGGCCCAGUGUCCAAGCUAGUAACAGGAUACACUGGACCAUUUAAAGUGGAGACUCUCAAACACCAUGACAAGAGCAAUGCCCAUAACCUCUGCAUUCGAGCAUUGACAGCUAAGGAAGACCCUGAUAGCACUCCUGCAGCCGAGCGCAUGACAAAGAUGUCCAGCUAUGUGCUGAAAAACAUGGAGCACCUUUUUAGCGCGGCUUAUGAUAUCGCUUACCAUUCAAAGCCAUUGAACGAUUAUGAGAAAGCCCUGGAUCUCUUACAGGUAAUGGGAGCCCCCAUCAUACCCAGGUACAGGAACAGAGUGGCAUGCACCCUCUUCAUAAAGUGCAUCGCGGACACACUGAGGAAAGAAAUACUCAGCGACAUCCACCAGUCGCCCUGCAUUAGCAUUCUCUUGGACGGCUUCAUAGAUUCGUCUGAUCAGCCCUGCGUAGCCAUUUACGUCCGAUAUAUAAAGACAACUGAAGUGAAGGAAUCCUACCUCUGCUUGAUAUCGUUGCCCAGCGAAACAGCUGAUGCCUGCUUUGCUGCAACCGUUUCAGCCUUAGAUGAGUUGCAGAUCCCAUUUAGAAAGCCCGGGUGGGUUGUGGGUCUUGGAACGGGCGGCGCAGCCAAUAUAGUGGGAUGCAAAAGCGGGCUUGUUGCAAAGUUCCAAGAGAUUAUCCCUCGACUGUCACCGGCUCACUGUGUGACUCACAAGCUACAAUAUGCAGUCAUUGGUGCCUGCUGCAGGGAUGUUGAUUUUGUGAAGGACUAUGAAAAACACAUAAGGGUGAUGUUCAAAUUUUUCCAGUCUUCUCCCGAAAGGCUGAGGGAGCUGCAGGUUGUGGCUUCCUGCCUAGGCCAGAAAGUGGCUAAACUGAUGGAAUCAAACAGUGUGAGAUGGGUGGUAAGUAAGAGGCAAACUCUAAGCACGCUUCUCGAAAACUUGCCUGCGGUGGUUAACCAUCUCGAGCGCCUGUCGAAAUCCAGCGGCCAUGAGGGGCAAAAAGCAAAAGGCAUGUUGAUGUUCAUGAGGAGUUUCCAUUUUGUAAAAAUUUCCCACUUCUUGAUAGACUUUCUUCAGAUUUACAAGCCCCUCUCGGAAGUGUUUCAAAAAGAAAAUGUGUUGAUCAGGCAAGUGAAUACCACUCUAGAAAACGCAUACCUUGCACUGCAAAACCUCCUUCAACAGCCAGGACCAAAGGAGGAAGAGUUUGAUGCCAACGUGAAGGACGGAUCUUUCCGUGGGGUCAUCUUGGAUGCGGUAGAGAUGGGAGAGUUCCGAUUUCAGGUAGACAGAGCAAAAAUUAUUCUGACCGGAGCAGAAUACCUGCACCAAAGAUUUGAUGGAGAGAAAUCCCCCCAGUUAUUAAAAAACAUGGAAGUGCUUGAUCCUGUAUGUUGGCCUGCUAGUACCCAUCUUGCCAGCUUUGGAGAUGCUGAGAUUCUUUCCAUGGCAAAACACUUUGAAUGUGCUCUCCUUUCAAGCUACAGUGAAGAAAGGCUGGUGGACGAGUGGUUUGAACUUAAAAAUGAGGCCAAGAACCUUUCAUUUUCGGCAUUGUGCAAGAAGGCAAUUGCGGAAGGCCAGACAUUUCCUUUAUUGAAUAAACUUGCAUCGGUCUCUGCAUGCUUACGUAUCUCUACAGGAAGUUGUAAGCAGGGGUUCAUUGUUAUGAAUCUGAUAAGGACUUAUGAGAGAUUGAAGCUUUCCAAUGAAGUGGCAAACUCUCUUGUGAUGGUGGCUGUUAAUGGCGUGGCAGUGCCGGAUUUUGACCCACUGCCUGCUAUUGAGCACUGGUACUUAACAUCUUCGGGUCGUCGCUGUUGACCAUGUGACUGUCAUCCUCAAAUGCAUCAUCUAUAUGAUGUGGCAUGGAGCAGGGGUGGGGAGAUAUUGUUUUGGUACUAAACGUGUAGCCCUGUCAGUGUUUGAAAUGCCACACAGAAGUGAUAUAUUGUCCUUGCCCAGAGGAUAAAAAGCACACUCCUGUGCAUGUUUACUCAGAAGAAA